UUCCCUCGAUGCCUGCCUGCCUACCUACCCUAAGUGCGCUAGAGGUGGAUCCCUGAGUACAUAGCAUGCCAGGAGGUAUCUAAGGAGGCUGACAGAAGGAGUCUUAAAGGUCUCUCUUUUCAGCCACUGGCAGUGAUUUGACGCUGGGCUGGGGGGGCUUGGAAAAAAAACUGAAAGACUUUUUAGCUUUCUUUCACGCUCACGAUCAGGACUGUAACCCUGCUGCUUCUCCUGCUGCUGUCACCGCCUGGAAAGAACCUGGGAACAUCACACUGGGUAGGGAGGGAUUUUUGCUUUCUUCUAGAGAAGCAGAGGGAGCGCAAAAAAUUUAAGGACAGAACAUCUCUCUGGAGACUGUGAAGAGGAGGUCUUCAGGAGGAUCAAGGGACGGACUUUUCAUCAUUCCAUCACCCAAAGGAAGUCAUAAAUUGCUCUGCCAGGUGUAUGGGACUUAACUUCUUGAACUGCGCUGUACUGUUUAAGAUAAAUUAUGACCACUUUACUCUUACUGUUGGUGAGUUUGCGAGUCAUCACUGCAGCCAUCUCUGUGGAAGUUUCAGACCAUGGUAACUCACUGAGUGUGAGCAUCCCAGAGCCUUCUCCCCUUCGAGUCCUCCUGGGGAACUCCCUCACCAUUCCUUGCUAUUUUAUUGACCCCGUGCACCCUGUGACGACGGCCCCUUCCACGCCCCCGCUCUCCCCCCGCAUCAAGUGGAGCCGCCUCUCGGAGGAGAAGGAGGUGGUCCUUUUGGUAGCCACUGAGGGGCGGGUGCGGGUCAACAGCGCCUACCAGGACAAGAUCUCCCUGCCCAACUACCCCGCCAUCCCCAGCGAUGCUACCCUGGAGAUCAACAACCUUCGCUCCAACGACUCGGGCGUCUACCGCUGUGAGGUGAUGCACGGCAUCGAGGACAGCCAGGCUACUCUAGAGGUCAUUGUGAAAGGCAUUGUGUUCCAUUACCGAGCCAUCACUACCCGCUACACCCUGGAUUUUGAGAAGGCCCAGCAGGCUUGCAUACAGAAUAGUGCCGUCAUUGCCACCCCUGAGCAGCUGCAGGCUGCCUAUGACGAUGGUUACCACCAAUGCGAUGCUGGCUGGCUGGCUGACCAAACUGUCAGGUAUCCUAUCCACAGCCCCCGUGAGGGCUGCUAUGGAGACAAAGACGAAUUCCCUGGAGUAAGAACUUAUGGCAUCCGAGAUACUAAUGAGACUUAUGAUGUAUACUGCUUUGCAGAAGAGAUGGAAGGGGAAGUCUUUUAUUCUACAUCCCCGGAGAAAUUCACCUUCCAGGAGGCAGCAAACGAGUGUCGGCGCCUGGGAGCCCGGUUGGCAACCACAGGGCAGCUGUACCUAGCUUGGCAAAGUGGAAUGGACAUGUGCAGUGCUGGCUGGCUGGCUGACCGCAGCGUCCGAUACCCCAUCUCCAAAGCACGUCCUAAUUGUGGAGGCAACCUCCUAGGGGUAAGGACUGUGUACCUGCAUGCCAAUCAGACGGGCUACCCGGAUCCCUUAUCCCGCUACGAUGCCAUCUGCUACACAGGGGAGGACUUUGUCAAGAUCAUACCAGAGAGUUUUACUGACGAUCUGAGCAGUGAGGGGGAGAUCACUAUUCAGACAGUCACUCAACCCGAUGUAGAAUUGCAGCUGCCCCAAAAUGUCACCAAGCAGGAGUCCCGAGGCAGCAUCAUCACCUCAGAGAAUGUCAUCACUCCUACUGGACCAGAGCCUGAGGAGGCCUUCACUUGGACCUUGGGUGGUACAGGCUACCCAGAGGUAGAAAAUAAGACUGACGAGACUACUAAGCCAUGGGGCUUCUUUCCAGAGGCCACUGCCUCUUCCCGUGAUGCUCUUUUACCCAGUGAAGUCACAGAGGGGGCUGCCACUGCCACCCCUGAGCUGGAACCUGCUACAGCCUUCACAGGAGAGGACUUGAUUGCACCAGCAACAGCUGUUCCAGAUAUUGCUGCUGUCUCUGAACGACCACUCUCACCAAUGGGCGUUGUCUUCCACUACCGUCCAGGUUCCACCAGAUACUCUCUCACCUACGAAGAGGCCCAACAGGCCUGUAGGGCCACAGGAGCUGUAAUUGCUACACCAGAACAGCUACAGGCAGCCUAUGAGGCUGGCUAUGAGCAAUGCGAUGCUGGCUGGCUGCAGGACCAGACAGUCAGAUACCCCAUUGUGAGUCCUCGGACCCAGUGUGACGGAGAUAAGAACAGCAGCCCUGGAGUCAGGACCUAUGGCCUACGCCCACCAUCAGAAACCUAUGAUGUCUACUGCUAUGUAGACUGGCUACUGGGCGAGGUAUUCUUUGCCACUCGACUGGAGCUGUUCACCUUCCAAGAAGCCCAAGAAUACUGCGAAGAUCACAACGCCACUCUGGCAUCUACAGGGCAGCUUUAUGCUGCCUGGCGCCGGGGUCUAGACAAAUGCCAUGCUGGCUGGCUGGCAGAUGGCAGUGUCCGUUAUCCUAUCAUCACCCCCCGCUCUGCAUGUGGUGGGGAUAAGCCAGGUGUCAGAACUGUCUACUUGUACUCCAAUCAGACUGGCUUUCCUGAUCCCUUGUCCCGGCACCAUGCUUUCUGUUUCCAAGCUGGAUCUCUGAAGGAAGGAGAAGGUGGCACACAGGUCUCUAUCAUUGAUGAAGAACUAAUUCCAACUCAGGUGGCUCCAAAGGAAGGGGGAGUCCUACCUGGAAGAGAAUUUGAAUUUACCACUGUACCUGAGAAUCAGACAGAGUGGGAAACAGAUUUUUUUCCAACAAAUACAUCAUUACUCUCAGUGAGUCCUUCAUCUUGGCCUCCCAUCAGUGCUAUUCCAGAAGAAAGUACUGGUGAGCCUUCUUUCAGUGGAACACCUUCAGCAUCUGGCGAGCCAUAUGAAUCUGGUGUGAGCCCAAGCAGUGGUAGUGGGGAACCAUCAGCCUCUGGAGAGCCAUCUGGUGUUCUGGAUGUGAGUGGCAGUGGGGAGCCAUCAGCCUCUGGAGAGCCAUCUGGUAUUCCAGAUGUGGGAAUUCCAGAAAUGAGCAGCAGUGGGGAGCCAUCAGCCUCUGGAGAGCCAUCUGGUGUUCCAGAUGUGGAAGUUCCAGUUGUGAGUGGCAGCGGGGAACCAACAGUCUUCGGAGAGCCAUCUGGUAUUCCAGAUGUGAGUGGCAGUGGGGAGCCAUCAGCCUCUGGAGAGCCAUCUGGAGUUCCAGAUAUUGGAGUUACAGAUUUGAGUGGCAGUGGGGAGCCAUCAGCCUCUGGAGAGCCAUCUGGAGUUCCAGAUGAGGGGACCACAGCUGGAGAGCCAUCUGGUUCCAGAUUGAGUGGCCGUGGGGAGCCAUCAGCCUCUGGAGAGCCAUCUGGAGUUCCAGAUAUUGGAGUUACAGAUUUGAGUGGCAGUGGGGAGCCAUCAGCCUCUGGAGAGCCAUCUGGAGUUCCAGAUGUUAGCAUUUUGGAUGUGAGUGGCAGUGGGGAACCACUGGCUUCUGGAGAACCAGUCACUGUUCCAAGUCUCGGAGUUCCAGAUGUGAGUGGCAGUGGGGAACUGUCAGCCUCUGGGGAGCCAUCUGGUGUUUCAGGUGUUGGAGUUCCAGAUGUGAGUGGCAGUGGAGAAUCAUCAGCUUCUGGAGAGCCAUCUGGUGUUCCAUAUGGGAGUGGAGACUUCCUUGCCAGUGGAGAAGCUUCAGGAGAUCUUGAAACAAGCAGGCAGCCCUCUGAGGGUAGUGUAAGUGGGCUGCCCUCAAGUGACCUGGAUUUCAGUGGCGAUGGAUCUGGGCUACCUGGGGAGAGUGGAUUGGCAUCUGGGGAAACAGAUGUAAGUGGAUGGUCUAGCACUACUGAAGUUAGUGGACUACCUUCAGGAGAUGAUUUAGCUGUGACUACUUCUGAACAUCUAGACCUUGGGGGGAUGCCUUCUGGAACUCUAGGGAGUGGUCAAUCUCCAGAAACAAGUGGUUUGCCAUCUGGAUUUAGUGGUGAACACUCUGGGAUAGACUUCGGAAGUGGCCUCUCAUCUGGACUGCCUGAUUUGAGUGGAUUUCCCUCUGGGUUCCCAACAGUCUCUCUUGUUGAUACUACAUUAGUGGAAGUGGUCACAGCAACCACUGCCAGUCAAUUGGAAGGAAAAGGGACCAUUGGAAUUAGUGGUCAAGGAGAAAUAUCUGGGCUGCCAUCUGGAGAGUGGGACAUUAGUGGAGGAACUAGUGGACUACCUUCAGGAACUGAGCUCAGUGGACAGGCAUCAGGAUUACCUGAUACCAGUGGGGAGACAUCUGGAAUAUUUGAAAUAGGUGGACAGGCAUCUGGAAUUCCUGAAGUCAGUGGUGAAACAUCUGGACUAUUUGAUGUUAGUGGGUAUGGGUCUGGAACUCCUGAAGCCAGUGGAGAAACAUCUGGAAUAUUUGGAAUCAGUGGACAGGCAUCUGGUUUUCCUGAUGCCAGUGGAGAGACAUCAGGGACUUUUGACUUAACUCAGAAACCAUCUGAAGUUCCCCAUCUCAGUGGUCAACCCUCUGGAUUACCUGAUGCCAGUGGAGAAACAUCUGGUAUACUUGAAUUCAGUGGAGAGCCUUCUGGUGUUAUAGAUAUCAGUGGAGAGACAUCUGGAGUACCGUUUGGCAGUGGACAACCAUUUGGAGUAACUGAUUUCAGUGGAGCAACAUCUGGAGUAUUUGAUAUCAGCGGACAAUCAUCUGGAGUUUCUGGGUUCAGUGGUGAAACAUCUGGAAUCUCUGAUCUGAGUGGGGUGGGUGAUCUUAGUGGUUUGGUUUCUGGGACUGUAAGUGGCAGUGGUGAAUCUUCCAGUGUUACCUUUGUUGAUACUGGUCUUGUUGAAGUAGCCCCAACUGCAUUCAGGGAAAAAGAAGAAGGUUUAGGUUCUAUUGAAAUAAGUGGCUUUCCAUCUGGGGAGGCAGAUAUAUCAGGUAAAUUCUCUGGAACUGUAGACUUCAGUGGACAAUCUUCUGGAAUCAUAGAAUCCAGUGGGCUUGCUUCAGGUGCCCCAGAAUUUAGUGGCCUGUCAAGGGGGUCUGUGGAACUCAGUGGAGAAUCCUCAGGGGCAGAGAUUGGAAGUGGCCUGCCAUCUGGAGAAUAUGAUGUUAGUGGACUUUCAUCUGGUUUUCCCACAGUAUCUCUAGUGGAUAGAACUUUGGUUGAAUCUUCAAUCCCAACUCCAACUGCAGAAGAGGCAGGAGAAGGACCUUCUGGGGUCUUAGAAAUCAGUGGCACCCCUUCAGGAGAAACAGAAAGCUUUGGGGAGAUAUCUGGAACGCUGGACCUCAGUGGGUCCCAAUCAGGGUUGAUAGAGACCAGCGGAGAGUCAUCUAGUGUACCAUCUUUUAGUGGUGAUUUUUCUGGGGUCACUGAUGUAAGUGGAGAAUCAUCAGCAGUCACCAGCAGCAGCGGAGAAGCCUCAGGAUUUCCAGAAGUCACUUUGAUUACCACAGAUUUAGUGGAAGCCGUUACAAAGCCAACAGUUUCACAGGAACUCGGUCAAAGAUCUCCUGUGACACUCCCUUAUUUUGUGGAGUCCAGUGGGGAGUCCUCUUUUUCUGGAGAAUUCAGCGGAAUGUCAACAACCCAUGAAACUGAGGUAGAAGCAUCAGCAGCUCCCGAGGUGAGUGGUGAUUUAUCAGCAUAUCCUGAGGCAUCUGCUGUCCCUGAUGUCAGCGGCACAACAUCCACGCUUUACGAAACUGAACACAAAGUAUCUUCUUCAUUGAAUGGAAGUGGGGAAACAUCCACUUUCCAAGAACCAUCCUCCACCCCUGACCUGAGUGGAGAUUCAUCUGCCUUCCACGGCAUCUCUGAGGAAACAUCUACCACAAGUGAUAUGAGUGGAGAGACAUCCAGCCCCCAAGAAAUGGAUUUAGAAACAUCAUCUGUGCCUCUGGCUAGUGGUGAAUUUCCUGUGAGUCAUGAAGACAGGACUGAAGUUAGUGGGGAAGCUUCUGGAGUCCCCACCCUGCCCUUACCAGAUGUUUCAGGGGACACCUCUCUGCCAGAUGUGGUCAUUAGCACCAGUGUUUCAGAGACUGAAUUCAGGCAUCAGACUCCGAGCCCUGAAGAGGCUCAAACAGAAAUUGAAUCCUCUAGUCCCUUAGUAUCAGGAGAAGAGAUUGAAAAAGCUGGAACAGUCCCUACCCCCACAGACACUUCCAUUGCAUCUCAAGUUUCCCCAAAUGAGCAAAAAGAACGAGAGUACACAACUGAAGCUAUCCCCAAGUCAUGUGCUGAAGAGCCAUGUGGAGUUGGGACCUGCCAGGAGAGGGAGGGACGUGUCAUCUGUCUAUGCUCCCCUGGGUAUAUGGGCAAUCACUGUGACAUAGACAUUGAUGAAUGCCUCUCAAACCCCUGUCUGAAUGGAGGUACCUGCAUGGAUGGCAUCGACUCUUUCACAUGCUUAUGCCUUCCCAGCUACGGAGGGGACCUGUGUAAGAUCGACCAGGAGAUUUGCGAAGAGGGCUGGACCAAAUUCCAAGGACACUGUUACCGGCACUUUCCUGACCGGGAAACCUGGGUAGAUGCAGAGAGCCAGUGCCGACAGCACCAGUCUCACCUGAGCAGCAUUGUCACACCUGAAGAACAGGAGUUUGUCAACAACAAUGCCCAAGACUACCAAUGGAUUGGACUCAAUGACAGAACUAUUGAGGGUGAUUUCCGUUGGUCAGAUGGACAUCCCUUGCAAUUUGAGAACUGGAGACCCAACCAACCAGACAACUUCUUUGCCACUGGAGAAGAUUGCGUAGUAAUGAUCUGGCAUGAGAAGGGUGAAUGGAAUGAUGUCCCUUGCAAUUAUCACCUGCCAUUCACUUGUAAAAAGGGCACAGUAGCUUGUGGAGACCCUCCUGCAGUCGAACAUGCUAGGACCCUUGGACAGAAAAAGGACCGAUAUGAAAUUAAUUCACUGGUCCGGUACCAGUGCAAUGAGGGCUUUGUUCAGCGCCAUGUGCCCACAAUCCGAUGCCUACCUAGUGGACACUGGGAAGAGCCACAGAUAGCCUGCAUAGACUCUAGCACCUAUAAGCAACGACUACAAAGACGGAACUCUCAGCCCCAGCGGAGCAACGUCCACAGUACAGCCCACUAGAUAGUAAAUUCCCCCCAGAGAGCCAAAAAGGACAGAAUGAGCCGACAGACCUUACAGAACUGACACUAUUUCAUGGAGUCAUUGUCACCUUCUUUUUGCUUUCUGUCAUAUAAGGAAUUACAUUAAAAAGAAAAAAACCCACAUCAUGUAUAUACCCAUCCCCCAAAAAUCAUCCCCCAAAAUAUUUUUUUUUCUUUUUGCAAAUCACUAAAGCAAAAAACUAGAUUCCAGCCACAUUUUUCCCCCACAGUCUGAGUUUAGGUACUUUUCUUCAAUUUCAUGUUGUGCCUAUUUCAGGGACCAGGGCAGGGACGGGGGGAGGAGGGAAUAUGGGGAGGGGGUUAAGUUAAAUAAAGAAGAUUAUUUUUUGUUUCCUGAUUUUAUCCAAGAACAAUGUAAUUAUUUGUUAUUUAAUCUCCAAGAAGGGCUAGCAGAGGGAGAGGGAGAGUGGGAUCGUGUGAAUGUUCCAAAGAGACAGAAGACUUGGAGAAUGCUGUACUAGUGAACUAUAGUUGAAUGUAUCAGAAGUGAAGGAGAUAGAAGGGGUAGGGUGUCUGUGAUAAAGGCAGGAGUCAGAGGGGAGGGGGGAAGAGGAAGGAAGGUUCAUGAGGAAAGCAAGACGAAAGAGAGAUAUAGAGGAGAAGCUCAAAGGAGGAUGGGUUCUGGGGCUGGUUCCACUCUGAUUAAUCAGCUUCUCUGGCUUCCUCUCACCACCAAUUUGCCAUCACAGCCAGUGUCACAGCAGGGCUGGGGGGCACUCCUGAUCCAAGUUCUAGCAUCACCCCCCCCGGGACCGUGCAGGCCACCAUGGUUCCGUGCACCUAUUUAUAUUUUUGAAAACUGAUGAUGAUAAUAAAAAAAAUUGGAAGAGUCCUAUUUUUUUUUUCCUUAUAAUUCAAGGGAUGGCGCCGGAGGACUAAAGGCUUAUUGAAAGG